AGGAUCGAAUAGUCAGUAACAGUGUAAAUAAAAAUAAAUUUACAUGUUGUGGGGUUCUGUCUAUCCUAUAUCUCCAGAAAUAUCGCGGAUAAUAGCUGUGUAGAGGUGAAAAGUUUAUAAAACUUAUAUUCACUGGACACAAACUUUUGAAUUAUGGCAAUUAUAAGUAUAGUACGUGAGACAUCCCGAAUACUAUGUGAAUAUGUUUCUUCGGACAUUGAAGCAGGCUUUUAUUGUCAUUCACUUUAAAACCAGCAAACAAACAAAACAUGAAACAGUUGAGUAAAGAUCAAAAAGAUUUAGAUGAGGGUCUUAAAAUAUUUGAUUGGAGUAGACGUGUGUCCAAAUCUAUCGGAUUGUGGCCACUUGCACCAAAUAAUUUUAUAUUUUUCACAACAUUUUCUUUUUUUACGGUCGCCAUGAUUCUCGAGUGGAUGGAUUUUUACUACUCGCUAAACGAUUUCGACAAAGUUCUCGACAAUCUCACAGAAAAUUUGUCAUUUUCUCAUAUUUACAUCCGAGGGAUAAUACUAAAAUUACAAGUGAACAAACUUCGUCAAGUAAUAAAAGUCACUAUGGAUGAUUUCAAUGUUAACAAAUUCAAAAAUUCAUCAGAAAUAGAAAUAUUUUUGAGUUUCAUUAAUAAAGGAAAAUUUUUUGUUAAAUCAAUUAUUUCAUUUAUGGCAAUGACUAUAAUUACUUGGUAUAUUAGCCCACUGACAGCUCCAGCUCCUAUUGCUGACGAUAAUGUAACGAUAGUUUAUAUUUUACCUUAUCGUUUCCACGUUGUCUUCGAAAUAAAUGACUUCAAAUCCUAUAUGCUGACUUACAUUUCAUACGCACCCCAUUGUCUCAUUGACGGUUGCAGUCAUGCAUCGAUAGAAUGUUUUUUAAUAACACUAAUUUAUUAUCUGAGAGGAAGACUAGUUAUUUUAGCUGGCAGAAUCAAUGCUCUCACUAAUAAACCAAAAGUGGAAAAAUAUGAAAUCAAUGAUAUCAUUGCUGAGCAUAGUAGAUUAUUGAAAUUUGGAGAAACAGUUAUAAGUAUAUAUAGUACGUCAUUAAUGGUAUAUAUGAUGAGCGUGACUGUACUUUUGUGCGUCAUUGGUUAUAAAAUACUUAUUAACUUUAUGACAGGACCUAACGCAGAUUUAGUUCAAUACUUGAUAUAUUUAUUUGCAACAUAUCUUAUUAUUGGUUUAUUUUGUAUUGUCAGUGAGCGCCUGAUUUCCGAGUGUAACAAAGUAAGUGAUGCAUUUUGGAAUUGCGAAUGGUAUAAUAUGCCGCCAAAUGCAAUUAAAGGCAUUAUGUUCUGCAUUCUGAGAUCGCAGAAACCGCUGGCUCUCAAAAUUGGAAAAUUUUCAUACUUUGACAAGAACACACUGACACUCGUAACGAAAACAGCUAUGGGAUAUUUAUCUGUGCUCAGACAUUUUUUGAUAAUCGAAACUCUCGGAUUAUGGCCUCUGGCGCAAAAUAAUUUUGUUUUUUUCACAACAUUUUCUUAUUUUACGGUCGUCAUGAUUCUCGAGUGGAUGGAUGUUUACUACUCGCUUAACGAUUUCGAUAGAGUCCUCGACAAUCUUCUAGAAAAUUUAUCAUACUCUCAUAUUUACGUCCGCGGAAUAAUACUGAGAUUAAAAAUAAACAAAAUUCGUCAAGUAAUAGAAGACACUAUAGACAAUUUCAGUGUUGAUAAGUUCAAAAAUUCAUCGGAAAUAAAAAUAUUUUUGAGUUACAUUAAUGAGGGGAAAUUCUUUGUCAAAUCAUUCAUUUCAUUUAUGGCAAUGACUUGUAAUAAAGUGAGCGAAGCAUUUUGGAAUUGCGAGUGGUAUAAUAUGCCACUGGGUUCGAUCAAUGAUAUCAUGUUCUGCAUUUCAAGAUCACAAAAACCACUGGCUCUUAAAAUCGGAAAAUUUUCAACAUUUGGUAACAACACGAUGACAAUUGUUCAGAAAACGGCUAUGGGAUACUUGUCAGAACAGAGAGACCUGAAUGAGGGAGCUAAAAUGUUUGAUUGGGGUAAAUGGAUAUCUAAAGGCAUCGGGGUUUGGCCUUUAGCUCCAAACGACUAUCUAUUUACCACAACUUUUAUUUAUUUUACCGCCGUUAUGAUGCUAGAGUGUGUUGAUCUCUACACAUGUCUCGGGGAUUUCGAAAAAGUUAUUGACAACCUUACAGAAAAUUUAGCAUUUGUGCAUAUUUACGUCCGUACAUUGAUGCUGAGAGUUCACAUCGAUAAAUUACGGGAUGUUAUGUCAGAAUCAUUGAAGGACUACCGAACAAGUGCUUUCAAAAAUUCGACGGAAAUAAAAUUAUUUAUGACGCACAUUAAUAAAGGCAAACUUUUUGCAAAAGUUGUUAUAACAUUUAUCGCAAUGACUGAAGUUACUUGGUACCUACAGCCAUUAACGACACCCUCGCCUUCAGUUGAUGACCGCGAUAACGAAACCAUUUCGAUACUUUUGCCUUAUCACUUUUACGUUUUCUAUAAAAUAAAUGACUUCAAAACUUACGUACUGACUUAUCUGUCCCAUGGACCGCAUGUUGUCAUCAGUGGUUUUGGUCACGCAACGUCAGACUGUUUUUUGAUAAUUCUAGUUUUUCAUUUAAGCGGUAGAUUAGCGGUUUUGGCUGAGCGAAUCAAUGCUCUGAAAAAUAAAUCCGAAAUGUAUAAAACUCAAGUCAAAAGUAUCAUCGCAGAGCACAUUAGGUUACUAAAUUUACUUCGGAAGUUGUCGCAAUGUAUUUCCCACUAUUUUUCCACCGUCCGUCAAACAAAUCAGACAUACAUGGAAGUGCACAGUCGCGACCAACGGGACCUGGAUAAGGGCGCAAGAGUGUUCACUUGGGCGCGAUUAAUGUCCAAGUGUAUCGGGGUGUGGCCUUUAGAACCAAAUUAUCAUCUCUUUAACAUAUGUUUUUUUUAUUUUACUUAUAUUAUGAUUACCGAGUACAUUAAUUUAUAUUACUGCCUUCCGAAUUUCAAAAAAGUCCUCGGCAAUCUUGUUGAGAAUUUAGCAUUCACGCAUAUUUAUGUACGGACACUGAUGCUGAGGGUUCAUAUUAAUAAAUUACGUGACAUAAUUUCUGAAUCAUUGAAAGACUAUCAUGUUAGUGCGUACAAAAAUUCCGAAGAAGUUUAUGUGUUUAUGAAUUUCAUGAAAAAGGGUAAAUUUUACGUAAAAUACGCAUCGAUUUUCGUCGCAAUGACGGUUACCUCUUGGUUUAUACGCCCGAUAACAUCGUCAUCGUCAUCACCGCCAGCCCCGGGUAAUUCAACAAUCGCGAAAAUCGCGUAUGUGUUGCCAUAUAAAUUUCACGUUUUUUACAAAAUAAAUAAUUACCGUACUUAUGUACUGACUUAUAUUUCCCACGGGCCGUUUGCUUUUAUCAGCGGUUUCGGUCACGUCACGUCAGGCUGUUUUUUAAUAAUGCUCUCAUUCCAUGUCAGUGGAAGACUCGCGGUUUUGGCUACGAGAAUUAAUGCAUUGAAGUAUAAAAGUGAAGGGCAUAGAAACGCGCUAAGGGAAAUCAUUUCCGAACACAGCAGAUUAUUGAAAAUGGGGGAAGGAAUAAAAAGUGCGUAUGCUACUUCACUAUUGAUUUACCUGAUGAAUGGUAGCAUAUUAUUGUGCAUUAUUGGAUACCAAAUACUUGUUACUGUUACUUUAGGAUUAAAAAAAAAUUUAAUGCCUUAUUUUGUUUUUAUAAUGACUGUCUAUCUGGUCAUAACUAUUUUUUGUAUACUCAGUGAGCAUCUGAUCGCGCAGAGUAAAAAAGUUACCGAUGCAUUUUGGAAUUGCGGUUGGUAUGAAAUGCCGCAAGAUUGUGUCAAAGAUAUUAUUUAUUGUAUAAAACGUUCUCAGAAACCGCUAUCAUUAAAAGCUGGCGCGUUUAUUACUUUCGAGAAUAGUACAUUAACGGAGGUUACGAAAACGGCGAUGGGAUAUUUGUCUGUGCUCAGAAAUUUUUUGAUCGCAGAUCAAUCUCUAAAUUGAAAAAUAUCCGGCUCCAAAUAAAACUACUGUAUGAGAAAUAAAUAUAUUAAUUUUUUUAUCUUCAAU